AUGGAGAAUUACCAAAAGAUCGAGAAAAUUGGCGAAGGAACGUACGGUGUCGUCUACAAGGCUCGAGAGGUGAACCACCCAAACCGUGUCGUUGCUCUGAAGAAGAUCCGACUCGAGGCCGAGGAUGAGGGCGUCCCCAGCACCGCUAUUCGGGAAAUCUCCCUUCUUAAGGAAAUGAAGCACCCGAACGUGGUCCGGUUGUUUAAUAUUGUAUAUGUUGACCACUGCAAGCUUUAUCUUGUCAUGGAGCUCCUAGACUGUGAUCUAAAGAAAUACAUGGAUGCCCUACCUAUCCAUGAGGGCGGUCGUGGUAGAACUCUGCCGGAUGGGUCAAUGAUGAGCGCCAACCUGGGUCUAGACGGAAAUAUGGUGAAGAAGUUCAUGGCACAACUGGUCGAGGGUAUCCGCUACUGCCACAGCCACCGUAUCCUGCACCGUGACUUGAAGCCACAGAACUUACUUAUUGAUCGGGAGGGAAACCUGAAGUUGGGCGAUUUCGGACUGGCGCGCGCCUUUGGUGUCCCGUUGCGGACCUAUACUCACGAGGUAAUAAAUACUGGCAAUGAAACGCGUCAUUCAAGCCCACCAGCUAAAUAUUGUUCGUCUAAGGUGGUUACCCUUUGGUAUCGCUCUCCGGAGAUUCUGCUCGGUGGACGCCAGUACUCCACCGGGGUUGAUAUGUGGUCUGUGGGAGCUAUCUUCGCGGAGAUGUGUACGCGCAAGCCACUGUUCCCUGGUGACGCGGAAAUUGAUCAGAUUUUCAAGAUCUUCCGUCUCCUUGGCACCCCAGAUGAAGAGAUCUGGCCUGGUGUUACUGCGUUUCCAGACUACAAGGCCACUUUCCCAAGGUGGAGGCGCUCCCCAGGUCCACUGGUCCCGGGAUUAGACAGUGCUGGCUGCGAGCUUCUGGAGGCUCUGCUCAAAUAUGAUCCAGCUCAGAGGCUGUCUGCAAAGCAGGCCUGCAUGCACCAUUACUUCCGCAACGGCAGCUCAUUCUAUUCCGGCCGCACCCAGGCCAGUGGCUAA